AAAACGCGGCCGCCUAGCCGCCUAGGCGGCCGCCUUGGCGUUGUUCGGACCUCUACCGCACCGAAUAUGGUCAAAUCGGGCAAUCCAGGCGCUGAACCGCGUAAAUCCGUGUUGACCGCAUAAUAGCCGCGUUGACCGCGUAAUAUCCGCGUAAUAUCAAAACACAGACAUUUUAUUAUGACUUGUUACUAAAAGAUUUUGUGUAAUGUCCAUUAUAUUAAAAGUUAAAACCCAAAACAAAUAGUUAAAGCCCAAAACAAACAAAUAAAGACUACAUUUGGGGAUUUCUUUACCGAGCAAUCCCUAAUUUAAAAUUCUAAAUUAUUGAGAAAGCAAAGGAGACUAAGAGUGGAGAUGUCAAGCUUAGAUUGAGAGCAAGUGAGAAGCUGAAACUGAAUCGAGUUACCAAAUUUCAUUUGUUCACGAAGUCAAGGUAAUGUCGUUGUUUAUGUGUUAGCAAAUUAAGUUACGAAGCUGUGAAUUCUUUUUUUUGUUCACUGGUGUUUGUUGACAACUAGUUUUCUGUUUUGACUUUUGAUUAAUUGUACUUGUCUGUUUUGCUUCUUCUUUUGUUUUUUUUAUUCUUUUGUUCUUUUGUGUUUGUUGUCGUGAGAAACAUAGAAGACAUAAUUCUUUUAAAGGUUAAUUGUACUUGUCUGUUUUGUUUAUUCUUUUGUUUUUUUGUUCUUUUGUUGUUUUGUUUUUACGUACGUUUUGUAGUUCGUCACAUACGUGCUCAUACUUCAGACUUAAAUUUUUUUUUUAAGGUUAAAAAGAUGGACAAUCCACCAACAGAUGCACUUCAUCCACUAAAGCGAAAUUCAAAUGAUGUGGGAUGGGAAUUUGGAGUCUUAUGUAAUCCAAAAAAUGUAGACAAGGUCAAAUGCAAGCUAUGUGGAAAAGAAUUCUCUGGUGGUAUUUACAGGAUGAAAGAACACAUUGCUCAUGUGAAAGGGAAUGUAUCAGCCUGUCCUGUAUCAUCUAAAGCGGAUCAAGAGAAGUGUAAGCAGGCAAUUCUUGAAGCAAAAGAGAAAAGAGGUUUGAAGAGGAAACAUGAACAAGAACUGAGGGCAGAAGUGAACAUAAACAAAGGCAGCAAUGUUGAAGAAUUGGAAAGAGAGUUGGGAACUCUUAAAAGUCCUCACUUCCAAGGUCCCAUUGAUCAGUAUGCAACCUCCAUAAACCCUGAAGCUUCUUUGGCUGCACAAGCACGAUAA